AUGUCUUCCCACUCAUCUCAAGCUUUGACUCCCGCUGGAAUCGCCAGUCACAAACAUCCCAGGACGCCGUCAGGAAAGAAGAUGAAGCCCAAGAUUGCUGUCUCCACUCCGCCUUCCUACACUUUCAAUGACGACGACGAGUUCUAUCCGGGAACCGAUCCACGGCUGAAGCGCAAUGGUUGUGGCAUUUCCCCGAGACUGCCGAAUUCCGAUCCAUGA